CUGAUAGCAAUAUUAUUUUACUAUUUCUACAUGAUGAAGGUAGGUAUACUUACUAUAAUUUGAAAUUAUUUACAUUGAUAUCAAGAUCAAAUCAGUAAAAAAAAAUUAUUCUAAUUUGCAGUUAAAUGAUGAAGAAACUUGAAGUAGUAGUAUCAGAUCUUCUUGGUCAUAGCUCUAGUUUAAUACUAGGUAUGUGCCAAAUUGCAAUGCCAUGUCUCAUCCAACUCAGCAUACCACUUCACAUUCUUUGGCAUUGAGACAUCUUUGAGGGCAAUCUUACAAAAUCAUUUUUUGAUCAAACUGAGCAAAAUAUUGUAUUCCUUGGAUAAUUACCUUCAAUAUAUGCAAAAGGAAUUUGUAUUUGCUGAACUUUUAAGAAAUGACAGAUUUUAGUGUCAAGUCCAUCUCUCAUCUACUAUAUGGUGAAAUUCCACAGCACUUUAAACACUUCUUUCGAACUCUCCUGGCUCCUGCAAUGUUUUAUUUCGCUUCAUGUAAUAAAUUAGCUAUUCACCAAUUAAACAUUGAAUCAUAAUUUGUUUUUUAGAGCACUAAAAUAACCAAAAACUUCAAUGAAAACAAAGAAAAUUGUGUGAGGUUUAGGAAUCACUUGUCAGCCAUCUUACACAGUGUCAAAUUCCAGAAUCUGCCAACUUAAGAAAACCAAAAAUAUAAAUUAUAAUCGUAAACUUCCUGCGGAAAUUACUUAUUGAUGUUUAAUGAAAUAAUUCAGAUGAUCUAAUAUAGAUUUUUGAAAUGCUCUGGGAAUAAGAAUUCCAUUUUCAUAGUGGUUAUUAAAGAAGUGAUUUUCCUUGCACCAUUUUGACAACAUGUUACAUGUUCUGGUUGGCAACACUUCAGCAUUCCACAAAGCAAAGGUCAUAGGCGUAUCAUGAUAACAUUCAUACAAAUAAAUCAAUCACAUCUUGAAAUAUUUUCGAAAAACCAACAGGAAAACAUGAAAUCCAGACGAAUAAUUGAAAAUAAAAAAACACUAUAACCUAUAACAUGUGUUCAAACUGUUAGUAAUCACCACAUCACCUCACCUUCAAUAUUUCAAUUUAGUGACAUUUAAAAAAAUACGUUUUGGUUCUGGAUACACGCUACUGUUAGAAAAUAUUUCAAGAUUUUUUUUUCAGAACUAAAAAGUCCUACUGUAUUUUCUCUGGGGGAUCUCUCAGGUUUUUUAUUUUAUUUUUAAAGGAGGCGUGGCUUAUUACUUACAAAUGAACAUCUAACACCUAAGGAUGACAAAAUUGUGCUCUUUCGCCUGAACAUUAUAUAACCUAACAAACAUGGGUAAAGCAUUUUCUAUGAUAUCCAAUCCUUUCAGGAAUUUCAAUGUUGAGAGUAGAGCACACAAAAUUAUAUCUCAGCCCAAACCAAUACCUGCACCCAGACAUGAAAAAGAUGAAGCUGAUUUGCAGAGACUGAUAAAAGAAUUUCCCAAAGUUUACCAAGACAGUUUAAAGAAAAAUGAACAGUUGGAUAAGCAUUUGAAAGAAGUCUUUGUCACCUCACGAGAACCGAAUGUUAACAUCAAACAAGAAUACAAUCUGAACAGGCCCCUUCCAAUGGACAGGACGAACGUGGGCCCCUUUCUCUAUGGGGUGAAAGAACCGGAAAACAUCCCCAUAGGAAAGACAACUUUAGGAAAAGUGAUGGAGUUAAUUACUAAACAUCAGAGUGACCCCAAAGCAUAUAACUCAAAAAGAGUAUCUGAAGAAUUGGCAAUACCAGGAGAGACUGCCAAAAACAUUUUGAAAUAUGUUAGGGUAUUUGAAGUGUACAUUCCACAAGAGAGGGAAACAAAAGCAAAAUUUGCAGGCCCAAGUUUACCAAAAGUGCAGGUAUUGAAGCAGCUGAGGAAACAACUUCCACCACCAAAUCCAAAAGAAAAGGAAAAAACCUAAGACUUAAAUAAGUUUAUUUGUUGUGUUUGUAGAUAAUAAAUAAAUAAAAUGUUAACAGAUCAAGCUAUUUUAUCCCAUCUCCAAAUUGUGCCAUCAUCACAAACACAUAUAAGAAUGUUGGCAUUUCUACUGAGUGAUGUCUGUCUUAUGGCAGUAGUACAUCUGGGAUGAUGCAGUGUAUAACAUUUAGCCUGUGCUGGAUCUGAAAAAUCUAAAUCCCAUACAAAAACUUUUCCUGUUUGGUUGCCUAAUGCCAGAAUCUGAAACCAAAAUUUGAAUUAUAGGCAGAUACCAUGGAUAGUGGGAUAGUUUUCAUACCUUUUGCCAAAAAUCCAUUGCAAACCUUACAAACCAAAUCUCACAUUCCUUAUAUUCAAACCUGUGGAUGACUGUUGAACUUGUCUCUCCUUUUCUAAGGUUUUCAUCAUCUAACCUACCAGGUUUCCAACAUACUAUGCAAUUUUCACAAGAUUUACUCAGUACAAAAUCACCAAACCAUC